UUUUCUUCUAAAUUUUUUUCUUUAGUUUUAAUAGUUUUAAUAAUUUUAAUUUUAUUAAUAUUUUUUUAUGUGAUUUUAUGUGAUUAUUUAAAAAUGUUCUGUACUGUUACUUAACACUUUUUCUUCUUUUAUGAUUUGUCUUUGAAAUUAGUAGAAUUCUCAAGGUUCUAAAAUUAGAGAAAUUGUUGUUUAGUGAAAGUAUGUAUGAUCGGCAUAUAGUUCCAUUCUUUCUGGAAUUUUCGACGAAUAUUUUGUUUUACAUUGUAUAUUGUACAAUAAAUAUGUAUAUUAUACAAUGAUAACACAUAUUCAAAGUUUUCAUUUAAUUUAUGACAAAAUAUUAUGAAUCAUAAUAUGGGAUGAUACGAUAUUGAAUAUAAAUUCAAGGAGGAUAGAAGAAAUAUUCAGGAAUUUUAACCAAUUAAGAUGAAUUCAAUAACCUAAGAUUAAAAGAAGGGAUAUGCCAAAGUAAAAAAUGAUUCUUGAAUUCAGAAAGAGAUUUGUGAAUUCCGGUUUUAAAACUAGGAAGAGAUAUUAGCAAUGUGGAAGGGAUAAAAUCUCGGUUUCUCAUAUAUAUAAAAGUCAUUCAGUCUGAAGCAUCCAAAUAUUUUGUUCAAACGAAUAUAUCAAUAUUUCGACGAGAUGAAAUCCUUGUAUUUUUUUAUAUUGAUAACAUUGUUACUUGUUAAUUAUAUUCAUACCUCAUCUGUGAUUAUGCAUGGAGAAAAUCAUGCUUCAGUUAUAAGCAACAAUAAAAUUGAGAAAGAAACAAUAGUUCGUGUUAAGAGAUCUCCUUUAAUUAAAUUACCUUUGUUUGUUGGAGCAACUAUAAUUGGUAAGAAAGCAUUAUUAUUGGGUGGUACUGUUUUUGGAGCUAAAACUCUUAUCGGCGCUGGACUUAUAGGAGCUGGUUUAUAUAAAGCUAAAUAUUAUGGCGGUGGCUAUGGAGAUAAAUAUGCGAGCUAUCAAUAUACACCACCCACUUAUGUUGAAUCAAAUUGGGGCUAAUUCAUGAAUACGCGUGAUGUAAUUAAUAAAUAAUAAAAUAAUUAAUAAAAUAAUAAACAAGAAUAAUUCGAGAAAUAAA